ACAUAAGAAAAUAAAGGAAGGUCUACAAGUGGCAAUCCCUGCGUGAAACAUACCUACAUAUUUCCAUCCCUAUCCAUGAAUUGAUUUGACCUUUUAUGCUUCCUAACGACUCAGCACUAAUAUGACGUAAUAAUGAGUUAGACUAAUGAAGAGGAGGAUGAAGAAUAACUUACAGUUCACUGUCGAUGUACCUUCUCUACUCAAUGAGAUGGAGAGAAGAAAAGGACGGAAACUGGACAAAAAUCUUCUCUUCUCUGCCUCGUAUUUCCCAACAGAUUUCCUUUUAUGACGUAACCCCCGCCCCCGAGAGAAAAAAGCUUAGAAUCUUUCAUAAUAAUAAAAAAAUAAAUAAAGUCCUAUUGUAUAAUAAAGGCAAACCAAGCCAAAAAAAAAUUCAGUUUAAUCCUUGAUAUUAUAUGACUAUUUUGUCGCCGCGGUCUUAAACAAUUUACGUAGGUGUGGAAUAAGAGACAGACUCUUUAGACUCACCAGUGGGAGGGAAGGACUGAGGGAAGCUUAACUUGAAAUGAGCAGUGCGUAGCCGUGGGACAUUUAGGAGGGAAGGAGUAGAUUAAGGUGGAAGAAAGUGAUGAGCGUCAGACGUGAAGAUUUUGGAGGAAGAUGGCUGGAAUGAUGAAGAGGGACCUGGAAAAUGAACAGUUCAUAGUCAUUAAAGAGAACGGAAAGGUUUACGGUUGAUGGAGAGAGAGAGAGAGAGAGAGAGAGAGAGAGAGAGAGAGAGAGAGAGAGAGAGAGAGAGAGAGAGAGAGAGAGAGAGAGAGAGAAAUUACGUAUCUGCUUUUGAACCUUGAAUACCAGCGAAAGAAAUGCCACGCCAGCGUUAUGUCAAGUUAGAUGGACUCUUCUUUUAUAAAUGAAAAACCUGUUGAAAAUUAUUGACGGUACCAAUUUGAAGAUUAAAUUUCCUGAACGUGAGACAAGAGUGCUGUCGCCUGUGUGUCUGCCUGUCAGUUAUCUGGCGGCACAGACGCAAGGAGAAAAGACUGCCGCCCUCUCGUGAGUUAGUGGCGUCUUGGGAAUGAGAAAACCUGCUUAUUUGUAGCUUGCUGUAUUGCUGGUGGUAUUUUUCGAAGGGUUUGUGUGUAAACGUGUUUGGUUUUUAGAUAUUUGUAUUUCUUACCUUGUUCUUAUACGUGAUAGGAAGGAAGAGGAGGAGGAGGAGGAGGAGGAGGAGGAAUAACUACAGGAGGGAGACAAGGAGAAGGAAGAAAAGGAGUAGCAAAGAAAGGAAGAGGAAUUCGAAGCCUGUGACUCAGAUUUCACAAGCAACAUUUUUUUUUUUUUUUUUUUUUUUACCAAGGAACCACAUUAUCACACCCACCACCCGCAGUAUUGCCGCUCAUGUCUCCUCCCAGCCCGCCAAGUUUGCUGCUCGUAUGCACAAAUUCAGAUGCCUGUUGACGUGUCACACUUCCUUCCUUUAACUUGAGCGUUCCCCUUAAUCAUAACUCCUCUAGUUUACCGAUACUCUCCUUGCAAAGCCUGGCAAAUGAAGUAUCAGAAGAUAUAUUGGAGUUAAAUCAAUCUGAGGAGUGUGAUAGGUUUCUUAGCUUCUGAAUAAGGACCAUAUUCUGAAACACUUUUGCGCCACACCUCCAUCAUUUCAAAAGGGUUUAGUUGAAGCUGCACGAGUUUUCAAGUGAUCCUUGUUAAUCAUCUCUGUGGCCUUUGAGAAUAAUGGUGGUGAGAGGGCAGAGCGUUUCACAAUACGGACCUAUGAGUGUAUCACCACCACCACCACCACCACCACCAGUUCACCUCCGUUGAUUUUUAAAUGAUAUUCACAUCCUUUCAUCGUGGCUUCUCAAUUACUUAUAUAUUUGUUAGCACGCGCCUUUUUAUCUGGCAGUUUGUCGCUUUAAUACCAAUAUGUGUGUGUGUGUGUGUGUGUGUGUGUGUGUGUGUGUGUGUGCGCCAACCUUUUCCGUGUUCAUUGUGGUACGGCUUGUUAAUUACUCAGCCAUUAUCUGCAUAUUUAUGACUGUUCACCGCCAUCACGUCACUCGGCACUCGUUAGCCGUGUAGUUAUCACCCCGUUGUGUCACCCCCGCCACCUCAUCACCCCCCGUCAUCCCCCAUCAUCCCAUCAGCCGUCAUUGUCACCAUCGUGGUCCAUUGUGUCAUCCUCGCCAUUCUAAUUAUUGUCAUGUUCAGCUUCAUCAGUAUACCGUCAGCCUCUAUUUUGCCCUUAAAUUUUUGCUUCAGGGUUCAUUUUGCCCGCUGCCUGUUGUUGAUAUACAUACAUGAUUGCGUAAUGUUAAGAGGAAGUGAUGCAUGUGUUCUCCCUGUUUUUUUGUCUCGCAUUUGUACCACCAAUAAUUGCUGUAUUUUGUCAAAUUACAAGGAAUUAUAUUUUUCA